UUUGUCAUCAUCAUCCACAUGGCAUCAGGGAAAUGGUCGUGUGGUCCAAAUUUGGCAAUUAAUAUUUAAUAAAAUUAAUUACAUUGCUACAUUUUCUUUAAUUUAAAAAUAAAUUAAUAAAGAAUUUAACAAACAUCAAUAUGUUUUUCCUUUAUUUUUAAUAAAAUUUUAUUUUUCUCAUUAUAUAAUUUUUGCACAGAUCUUUUUAUUAAUGGUUUUUUGGUGUUAUAAGUAGAAAGUAUGUCUGUCACCAAAAGAACUCAACCAACUUGGGCUGUUGGAAAUCCAUUAGAAUCGCCACAGUUGAAACUGUAUAACAGUUUAACGAGGAGAAAAGAAGUAUUCGUACCAAAAAAUGGCAAUAAAGUUCUUUGGUAUAGUUGUGGACCUACAGUUUAUGAUGCUUCUCAUAUGGGCCAUGCUCGAAGUUAUAUAACAUUUGAUAUAUUAAGACGGGUACUAGGAGACUAUUUCCGUUAUAAUGUUGAGUAUGUUAUGAAUAUCACCGACAUUGAUGACAAAAUAAUUAAACGAGCACGACAACUGCACCUCUUUGAAGAAUAUGUAAAGAACACUACAGUUAAACAAACUAUAUUAAGCGAUAUCCUAUUGGCUCUAGAGGAUCUAGAAAAAAAUGUUAACCAAAUGGAUGCUGAUAAAAAAGCGAUGACUGUCAAAGCCAUUGAAAAAUUGAAAGUGACCGCAGAGAUAUUUGAAAAAUCUGCAAAUGCUAUGGAUGAUUUGAAAUCUGCUUUAAGUGAAAUCAAAGAUUCUUUUAGCGCAUAUUUGGAUAAAAGAGAUUGUUCUAGUGUUUCAGAAAACAGUAUAUUUGUUUCACUACCACGAUUUUGGGAAUCGGCUUUUCAUACAGAUAUGAAUGCAUUAAACAUUUUAUCACCAGACAAACUUACUCGAGUCAGUGAAUAUGUUCCUGAGAUCAUUGAUUACAUAAAAAAAAUUAUUGAAAAUGGUUAUGCUUACGAAUCAAAUGGUUCUGUAUAUUUUGAUGUAGCUGCAUUCGAUUCUAAGCCUAAUCAUCAUUAUGCUAAACUAGUUCCUGAAGCAUAUGGAGAUUCCAAGUCUCUUCAAGAAGGCGAAGGUGACUUAUCAGCGAGCACAUCAGUUGAAAAGAGAUCGCCUAAUGAUUUCGCUCUGUGGAAACAAUCAAAGUUAGGCGAACCGUGGUGGGAAUCUCCAUGGGGAAAGGGACGACCAGGAUGGCACAUUGAAUGUUCAGUGAUGGCUUCUAGUAUAUUAGGUCAAACAUUAGACAUUCAUACAGGUGGCAUUGAUCUUAGAUUUCCACAUCAUGAUAAUGAAAUAGCACAAGCAGAAGCAUAUUUUAAUAACGAAGAAUGGGUUCGAUAUUUUUUGCACUCUGGUCAUUUAACAAUAUCUGGGUGCAAAAUGUCAAAAUCUCUUAAAAACUUCAUUACUAUUGAUGAUGCUCUGAAAUGUCAUUCUUCAAGACAACUGCGACUUGCAUUUUUGUUGCACUCAUGGAAGGAAACUUUGGAUUAUAGUGAAAGUACAAUGGAAUCAGCUGUGGCUUGUGAAAAACUUCUCAAUGAAUUUUUUUUAAACAUUAAAAAUGUGACAAGAAGGUGUGAUACUGAUAAAUUAGCCGAAAGUUAUUCUAAAUGGACAUUAUCGGAAAAAGAAUUAGAUAGGAAAUUUACCCUAAGUAAAUCUAAUGUUCAUGCUGCACUUUGUGAUAAUAUUGAUACAAAGUCGGUAUUAGAUACCAUUAGAGAAUGCAUUUCUGCCUGUAAUGUAUACUUAAGAGAUUGCGACGCUACCAAGCUUAAUGCCAACUUAUUAUUAAAUAUUGCGAAAUAUAUUACAGGAAUAUUAAAAAUAUUUGGUAUUAAAACCGCCGAAGAAAUUGGUUUUCCAGUGUGCGAUGGAAGUUCAUCUAAUGAUGUCGAGUCUAUUGUCACGCCUUUUCUGGGUAUUUUAUCAGAUUUCCGUGACUCAGUUCGAUCAAACGCUCGUGCGAUUGCUUCAAAGGACAUUCUCAUUUUAUGUGAUAAGCUUAGAGAUGAAAUUCUUCCAGAUGUCGGAGUGCGUCUUGAAGAUGCAGAAGGUAAACCAACAGCUGUUAAAUUUGUUGGACGGGAAACCAUACUACGAGAAAAAGAAGCCAAAGCUAAAGUCGAAGCUGAAAAGCUAGCAGAGAAAGAACGAAAAAAGAAAGAAUUAGAAGAAGCAAAAGCUAAGAAAGAAGAGUUAAAAAAAGUACAUCCUAAAGAUUUAUUCAAAUUGGAUACUGAUAAGUAUUCAGAAUUUGAUGAAAAUGGAUUGCCUACAGUAGACAAAGAAGGUAACAAAAUUAGCAAAGGAUUAACAAAAAAGCUGCAAAAAAUACAGUCGACCCAUGUUACAUUACAUCAACAAUACUUGGACAGUAUUAGUAAAGUUAAUUAAGUGAUCAAUUGAAUUAAAUAAUUAUUGUAUUAAUAAUAAAAAUCUCAAACUUAUUGUUAAUACAACUUGUAUUAACGUAUAGUGGUAUAAUAUUUAUUUUAUAACACAAAUGUAUUAAAAAUUAUUUAUUCUGUUGGUUUAAAAAAACGAACAAAUCCUUUCAUCUUCUGAAUCUAUAUUUUUUGAAGUUUAAA